GACAUAGCGAUCUUGGCCUCCCUAUUGUGCUCUCUUGGAUACCAUGUUCGUGCUGGCCAUCCUCUGGGCAGCAUGGUUGUCCUGUUGCAAGAUCCUGAGCUGGAGCGUUACCUUCCGUGCCAGCGGAGCGUGGUGCGGAAUGUGAUGCAGUACACUGACGGCGACCGCGAUACUCUGCAACGCGUUCUUACAGCCGUCACGGUGGGCUUGGAACAGGUACGCCUCUACUCCGCUCUCUUCACGCCCACUGAUGAGCUUGUUGAACUUUAUUCUGGUGUGCAGGCAGCGUCACAGGACGUCUUAGCUGCACUGCACCUACGCUUGCUGGACGAGCAAUGGGAGUUGCUUUGA